AUGAUAGGAAAUGGACCACAUCUUUUUACUGGAAAAGCUGGAGAAGAUCCAUCAGAUUGGGUUUUAGAAUUCAAGAGAUUUGUAAUUGCAUCUCGGAUAAACAUUAUAGCUGGUGCAGGAGGAGUUGCUGAUAGAGCAGAAGCAUAUAAUUUAGCUAUAUCAUGUAUGGUUGGUGAAGCAAAAACCUGGUUCGAGAAUGAGAUAAAAGGCAGAAACUGGCAAUGCGAUAAUAUUCUUGAUGGCACUGGCGUAAACACCUUAAAUGCAAUUCGAGCAUUAAAUAAUGGAGGUUUAACAGGUAUUAAUGCAAAUCAGUUUCUCGGGGAAGCAUUAGUUGUAAGAAAUAAUGCUGGAGGUGACAAUACAAUAACUGGUGCUAAUAUUAUUCCAGUAGGUACAUGGGAUGAAGAUUGGAGUAUAGCUGGAGGACAUCCCGCACCUAUAGGAACUCCAUUUCCAGCCAAUUAUGCAAAUGCUGGUGCAGGUAAUUCAAUUGUUGCACCCGAAAUGACUCUUGGGCAAUUUUUAUACUGUCUUGAGUUUCUUUAUCCCACAGUUGAAGCGCAAAAGAAUUUGCUUUUCUUUGGUCAGAUUGCACAAGGAGGUAUGUCAAUACUUGAGUACAAUGCUAGAAUAUCAAAAUUCGGAAAACUUGCUGGAUUACCAGAAUCAAAAAUGAGAGAGCAGUAUAUUUGGGGAUUAAAUCCUAUGAAUCAAUACAAUGUCCGCAUGAUGGCUAAAUACCAUGAUACUAGAGAUAAUAUUACGAAAGCAUUAGUUGAAGUGGAAAAAUUUUCACUACUGCAAGGCAACUUUCCAUUCCCGCCUUCUGGAGGUCAAGUGCCUAAUCCCUAUAAAAAAAGUAGCAACACAGGUAGGACCAAAGAUGAAAUUGAAAAUCUAGUGAAAGGCAUUGUGGCAUCUUCACAAUCUCAACCUGUUUCUUCCCAGACAGCUCCUCAAUUGCAAAAUAGGCAGUUGGUACGACCCAGUCAAAUGGAGCCAGGUAAAAUUUAUAGAGAUCCAAAUUUACGUUUGAAUGACCCAGAAUGGCUUCGAAUGGAUGAAGCGACAGAUCGUCUUAGCGCUUUAGCGGGUCCAUCCCCUUUACAAUCGUUAAUAGAUACAAUUACUAAAGGAAUAGUUGAUAAA